UGCAAUAAGCAAUUCAUGCAGUCAGCUUUAUAUAGACUUCAUAUUCGUGAACAUUACAAGCUACGGACGAAGAUCGUCAAACAGACGAAAAAAGGAACGAAACAUAAGAUUAUGUAUAAGUGUACGAUAUGCUUGAAAUCGUUUCAAAAACCUAGUCAACUAAUGCGUCAUAUUAGAGUUCAUACGGGAGAGAAGCCUUUUAAAUGUAACAUCUGUAGUAGAGCAUUUACUCAAAAAGGUUCUUUACGAAUUCAUAUGUGGCAACAUGAUGGUAUCAGACCUCAUACAUGUACUCUUUGCAAUGCAAGAUUUAGUCAAAAAGGAAACCUAAAUGCCCAUAUUUUAAGGGUACACAGUGCUACUGAAGGAGAAUCUAUAUAUGGAUGUACUUAUUGUCCUUGUAUUUUUAAAAAACUUGGCAGUCUUAAUGGUCAUAUGAAAAGAAUGCAUUCGAAUGUGACAGAAGAGACAACAUCAAAAUGCGAAAGUUCUACGGAGGCUGAUAUGCGAGCUACAGUUGAUAGUGUCAUAUCACAACUAGCAUCCUUGGAAUCUGGCAUUACUAAUGUAGAAAAUUCUACUCAAUCUGUAGCUACGACUGAAAAUAGAAGUGAUAUUUUACAGGAAGCAUUAAAUAAUAGUGGAUUGCCUAGUAAAGAAAAAGAUCCCACUAAUGGUAUUAUAUAAUGUAUAAUC